GAAUUAAUGUGAAUUAAAUGGAAUAAAAAGGCUGCGGAGCAAGAGGAAAACCAGUAAAUACGGAAAAACGUACAUGGGCUCGACACCAGACGCCAGACGCAUUUCUGAAAAGUACCUUAAUCCUCUGCGAAUUCCAUCCCAACACACGCGCACACACCCAUACAGGCACACGCACCUUCGUACGUCGUCGUCCCCCAUCGCCCCCCAUUCGUCCAUCGUCGACCAUCAGCCAUCGAUGAAAUAACAUACAUAACGUAUACCGAAAAUACAUAAGGCAAAACGGGGCAUAUCGGGCAACGGAGUGAGAGUGUUACACGCACAGCAGAAAGCAGAUAUAGCAGCCAGAAACAGCAGCAGGUGAACUGAUAAGCGGACACAAAGCAAAGCCAAAUCAUGUCAGAUAUCAUGAAUAUCGACAGCAUUAUCUCGCGUCUGCUGGAGGUGCGUGGAGCACGUCCGGGUAAAAAUGUACAGCUGUCGGAGAGCGAGAUCCGCAGUUUGUGCUUGAAGUCGCGCGAGAUAUUCCUGUCACAGCCCAUUCUGCUGGAGCUGGAGGCACCGCUGAAGAUCUGCGGCGAUAUACACGGACAGUACUACGAUCUUUUGCGUCUGUUCGAGUACGGUGGCUUCCCGCCGGAGUCCAACUAUCUGUUUCUGGGUGACUAUGUGGACCGUGGAAAGCAAUCCCUGGAGACGAUAUGCCUCCUAUUGGCAUAUAAGAUAAAAUAUUCGGAGAACUUUUUCUUGCUGCGCGGCAAUCACGAGUGUGCCAGCAUCAACCGCAUCUACGGGUUUUACGACGAGUGCAAGCGGCGUUACACCAUCAAGCUGUGGAAAACUUUCACAGACUGCUUCAACUGCCUGCCCGUGGCGGCCAUUGUCGAUGAGAAGAUCUUCUGCUGUCACGGCGGCCUCAGUCCGGACCUGUCCUCGAUGGAGCAAAUCCGCCGCAUUAUGCGGCCCACAGAUGUGCCCGAUCAGGGCCUAUUGUGCGAUCUGUUGUGGUCCGACCCAGACAAGGAUACCAUGGGCUGGGGCGAAAAUGAUCGCGGUGUGAGCUUCACAUUUGGAGCGGAGGUCGUGGGUAAAUUUCUACAGAAGCACGAGUUCGACCUGAUCUGUCGUGCCCAUCAGGUGGUGGAGGAUGGCUACGAGUUCUUUGCCAAGCGCCAGCUGGUCACGCUCUUCUCGGCGCCCAACUAUUGCGGGGAAUUCGACAAUGCGGGUGCAAUGAUGUCCGUUGACGACACUCUGAUGUGCUCCUUCCAGAUAUUGAAACCCGCCGAUAAGCGACGCUUUGUGUAUCCCAAUUUCGGUAGUUCGGGCCGUCCCCUGACACCGCCCCGCGGUGCCAACAAUAAAAACAAGAAAAAAUAAGCAGCCACGCACAGCACGAGCACACUGCACAACAGAGACGGCCACACAGCCCCCACUGCAGUGGGGGAAACGGAAGGGCAGAACGAGUCCAGAACCUGGAAGCGCAAAGAGUUUGUUUUUAUCGAAUAUAUAGAUGUGUAAUCGAAUCGAAUCGUGAGCAACGUUAUAUGGGGUAUAUGAAUCUAUACAAAUUAGCCUAUUUUUCAUUUGAAAAACAAAAAAAAAACGAAUCGAAACUAAAUUUAAACCACAAAUCGAGAGACACUUUAGUUCAAACUAAUGGUAGUGUAAGACACUGCAUAAGCAAGGAAGGAGGAAUGAAUAUUUGUAUCUCCUAUAAUGUAUUAAUUGUGUUAUAGUUUUUUCGCAAAAGCAAAAGCAAAACCCACACACAAACACACACAUAUGCAUAGCACACGGUACACACAGUACAGUAGGUACACAGAGUGCACGCACCAGUUGUAUUUUAUUUCGCAUUUCAUAUCUCGCAAAGAAUUUUCCUUUUAGGCUUUUUUCUACUAUCCUUCACUAUUGUGUUUUUUUUUAUUACUUGUUUUUAUCUAGCAAAAAAUGUAUGGGAAUAUGCUUUUAAAAUGUGUGUGCGAGGGCUAAUUACAUAUUACAUAUGUACUCGAAAGCACGAAUCUAUCUAUUUUUGUAAUAUUGUCUUAGCAAAACUCUACAGCAAAUACUACAUGUUUACUUAGUUUUAAAAAAGCGAGGAAGCAAUUUUUUUAGUUGCAAUUCUAAAUAAGUUUCAAUUGUUUACACCAAAAAUAUUAAAAUAAACAAGACAUUGUGUAUAUUUUUUUAAAAA